CGGAGGGAACGUCAAUUCAAGUUUUAUUAGUUUUGUAAACACAAACUCUUCCACGACAAGCUAUCCAUUUGUCCGAUCAUGAAUUCGGUUGAGACCGGCAUACAGCAAAUACCAGUUUAACAAUCGGUAAAUCGGUAAUUACAUUAUUUCAAGAGGAUAAGAGCUUUCCAGGAAAGGUUUAAAAACAGAAGUCCUCCCACUACAUGGCCUACACAGGCUUGAGUCGGGCUCAGUUGAGCUUCGACUAUCUGCACACAAACUCAACGACCCAUGAGUUUCUAUUUGGUGCACUGGCAGAGUUGGUUGACAAUGCCAGAGAUGCCACUGCCAGAAAAAUUGAUAUAUUCACAAUGAAAGAUGAACAACUGCGUGGUGGUUUUGUCUUGUGCUUCCUUGAUGAUGGCGAGGGCAUGGACCCUGAUGAAACAUCGGACAUCAUCACAUUUGGAAAGUCAUCAAAAAGGUCCAUGGACUCCCACUUAAUUGGCAUGUACGGCAAUGGUCUUAAAUCUGGGUCCAUGCGUAUUGGUAAUGACAUCAUGUUGUUCACAAAGAAAGGGCAGACAAUGACUUGCCUGUUCUUGUCAAGGACGUUUCAUGAAGAAGAAAAUAUUGAAGAGGUUAUUGUGCCAAUUCCCUCCUUCGAGAAGGAUACAAAGAAACCAAUCGUCACUGGAGUGACAGACAGAGAACGGCAAGCUGUGGAGAUGGGCUUGAUCCUAAAAUAUUCACCGUUCCGAACAGAGUCCGAAUUCUUCGACCAGUUCAACAAAAUCCCAGGCAAAUCAGGAACGUUAAUCAUGGUGUAUAACCUGAAACUAUUAGACAAUGGAGAACCAGAGUUGGACAUUAAUACAGACCGAGAAGACAUUUUGUUAUCAAAUCCUACGAUAGAGGAAUUUGAUUCCGAUGAAGGAGCCAACACAAACACAUACUCAGAAUGGUACAACCGCUGGUUACUUCCAGAGCGGCGCUCAUUUCGGGCGUACACAUCAAUACUUUACGCUGACCCUCGAAUGAAAAUAUACAUCCAAGGAAGGAAAGUUCGGACAAAGAGAUUAGCUAGUUGUCUGUAUCGACCAAAAAUGUACAAAUACUCUUCAAAUCGAUUCCGAGCGAGAUCGGAGUUGGAGGUUAAGAAAUCUAUAGAUGACGCAAAGAUAGCUGAGAUGAGGGCGAAAGAAGCAGAUUCAAAGGCCAAGGGUUACCAGAAUAAACACGCCAAUCUCACAAAAGAUCAAAGGGCAGAACUACGGAAACUUCAAACGGCAGCAAAUGAUCUAAAAAAGGAAGCCCAGUUAAAGAAACAAAUAUCUGAUCGGAAAAGCAAAGCUCUAAAGGAUCCGAAGACCCUGAGUUUUAUUUUCGGGAUCAGUUUAGAAAACCGCUGUCAGGAUGGUGUGUUUGUGUAUAACUGUAGUCGACUCAUUAGGAUGUACCAGAAAGUAGGACCACAGAAUGAUGGUGGGGUAAACUGUAGUGGUGUUGUAGGCAUCGUAGAUGUCCCAUAUUUAGUGCUAGAACCAACUCACAACAAGCAGGACUUUGCUGAUGCCAAGGAAUAUAGACAUUUACUGAAAGCUCUAGGGGAACACAUGGUACAGUACUGGAAGGAUGUAGGAAUAGUCUCACAAGGAAUUACGAAUUUCUGGGAAAGUUAUGGUUAUAUAAGUUCAAAUUGGAAGGACCCACCAUCUACAGAUUUGAAGUUUGUGAAAAAAAGGGCCAUGCAAGUCAGCACAACUUUACAGUGUGACACUUGUCUCAAAUGGCGGAUAUUACCGUUUUCGGCUAGCAAUGUAGGGAAGAGUUUUGACGAUGAUUGGGUGUGUUCAAUGAAUGCUGACCCAGCCCAUAACCGGUGUAAUACGGCUGAGCAGACCAUGAACAUGCCUGAGGGCGUCAUCAAGAAAGACACCAAGACUAAGGAACAGAAAGAAAAGGAAAUAGAAGACGAGAUCAGAAGAAAGCAGGAACAGUUAGAUAAACUACAGAAAACGCGAUCAGUUGGAUCAUCACGAGAACUCAGGAAACCAGAACCAGAAAAACCUGUCUCGAGGGCAGCUUCGUCAGUGACGAGUUCGAGGACAAAUUCAAUGCCAAGUCGAGCGGCUCCAGCAGUCACACUUUCAAAAAAGAAACCAGAAGUGAAGAAGUCAGCCGCCACUUCCAGUCAAGAAUAUAUCCGUAGUCCACCCCCUGCCAAAUCGUCAUAUUCAUCGUCUCGGUCAACAAACUCACGCAAUUCAGCACCAGUCAAGAAGUCGCCAGCUGCCCCAUCCCCUAGUUUGUCAUCAAGAAACAGACGUUCAAAUGAGGUGGUUGAGAAAAAGAAGGAAAUUAAAGUGCAACCAAAACCACCAGCCAGAAAACCAGCAUCGUUACCACCGCCACCUCGGUCAAAAAGAAAAGGUUCUGCAACUUCCUCGCGCAGUUCCGAUUCCGACGGACCUCCAAGUAAAAAGAGAGCACAGAAAGAAAAAGCUCCAGUGGAUGAGAGUGAUGAUGAUGAUGAUGAAGACGAAGAAGCAGAGGGAGCGACAAUGGAUGUCGAACAAGACGAAUCAUUCUCCGACAACGAAGGAGAGACUGGUGCACGGGUGGAAGCCAGAGUCCAGGACAAAUGGUACAUGGGUACAGUGACAAAGGUCAACAAAAAAGGAGGAAAGAUGAAAAUCAAGUUCGACAAAAAUCCAAAAGAUAAAUACGACAAAUGGUUUGAUGAAGGAAGUGAAGAUGUUCGAACCAUUGAUGCAAGCUCCACAAAAGCAAGCGAUGGAACUGCCAUGGAUGCUGAAUCCACGUCUGCUGUGACCGCGGCCCCACCAUCUCCAGCGUCUGAGGCGUCCCAUGGAACAACAGCCGAGACCCCAUCCUCUUCUACAGCCAAUAAUGUUGGAUCUGGCCAAGCCCUGGAUGAAAUCGCUGAUGGAUACAGGACAUGUUUACGAUACUUCUUACCACCACAGUGGCCACAGGAGAAGGAGGAUAUUGCCAACUUGAAUAUGCAGGAACUCGCAUCGUUUCCAUUGGACGAGUUCUUUGAUCACUAUGAGAAGGGACUACGGAAGCUGGUGAGCAGUUUCCAGAAUGAUGCGGUCACCAAACAAAAGGAGGCAGAAGCUGCAAAAACCAAGUUAUCUCAUCUCAGAAAACUCAUAGCUAAGUUAUUGAAGACAAUAAAUGAGGAAUUUGAAAUUGACCAAGAGAAUGACACGGAUCAAGUGGAUGAACUUCUGGCUGCGUGUGUUAAGCAGGCCAUGCAGCAGACAGAGUGAUCAUAACUGCCCGUGAAAAUAGCGCUAUAUCAAAAUGUAUGCAGCUUUAAGUUGAAAGAAUGGCAUCAUGAUGAUUUUUACCCCAAGGGAGCUGUAGGUUAAGAAAUCGAACUGGGACCUCAUGAGCACUUCCGCUGUGACUCUUAGCCAUUCAUUUCUAAUGAUAUUGGCAACAGAACAGUGUAUUAGGCCGAUUUCAGGAUAAAUUGGCAUAACAUGAAUGAAUGAAACGGAACAGUGAUCUCAUUAUGUGGUUGCUGAUAUUCACAUAUUGUACAAAUAAUCUCCUAUUUUCAUAGAAAAGAAAAAAAUCAUAUACAUGUACUGUAUAUACUCGGGGAGAGUUUGAUGUUGUGUUGCGUCAGAAUCUCAUCUGAUCACCUGUGGAACAUGAAUGAUUGACAGAGAGUACAGUAUCCAUAUGUUUUGGGAGAGACAAUUUCUUUCUCUGGUAAGAUGGAAAUGGGGGGAUCAUAAUUUUGGUGAAUAGACCAAGAAAAAGUUUACAAAUUUUGAUAGUCUCAUCUCCUACAUACAGUUUAAAAUGUGCGGUGGCACACAAGAUAAUGAAGAUUGUUGUAUAGUGUAUUUUUAUCAUCAUGGAAGUACACAUCAUUGCGAGAAAUCAUGGUUAGAAUGUGAAUUUUAUCUGUAUAACGAUGUCCGACCUGAUCAUGAAAAUGAUUUUAAUUAAUUUGAACUUUGUAUAUAAUUGUUAUAACGAUUAUAAGCGGCCCUGAAGGCAUUGUUAUUCUUGGGCGCUUUCUGCAGCAUUUUUCCUACGCUGCACACUUUCUCAGUCACACUACGCAUUCAAAGCAACAAUGUACAGUAAGUCUGGCCGAUGACUGAUGCCUGUGGAAAUUCUGUAACAAAAAAUUGUGGUAGCCCAGGUGUACAAUGACCCUUUAAGAUGAAUAUUUUUAGUAUGCCAUAAGACUGGAGGUACUUUAUCUGAGACGUUCUAAAAGUGCUUCAGGUUGAUGGAGGUUCAAGACAAGUAGUAAAAUGCAAAAUUUUUGUAGAAAUGUGUUCAAUUCAUGUGUAGCGUAUCAAUGCAUUGCAUUUAUAUCUGCUCAGGAGGGGGAAAGGUGCUACUUCUGCUGUCCACGAAAUUUGUUGCCAAAGGGCGCCACAGUUUUGUGCUGAAUAAUGGGAACUCUUGGUUGUUGAGAGAGAAAGGUUUCACUUCAAAUGGAAGUUGAUGAGAACAUUUUCAGGGCAGCAAGGCAAAAAGGGAGGGCAUAAAGACAUUGACCUCCGUGAAUUUCGAGCCCUGCCUCUGGGUGAAAAAACCAAAUGACCCUGAACCUCGAAUGCUGUUUUAGUGAUUUUGAAUUCCCUAUCGAGGUGAAAGUGCUGAAUGAUUCUUCAUUAUAAACAGUUUAGAACAACACGUAGGGCAAAUUUGAUUCAGCUGUGCCCAUAUACAUGUAUGUAUCAGAUUACACACCUAACCAAUUCAUCAAAAGCAUUUUUUCUAUUGACCAUUUAUCCUUGGUGGGUGUAUUUGAUCCUAUCAUCGUUAUGAUAUUUCUGUUGUUACCAGUUUUAGAUGAAUGUGUUUAGUAAAGUGUUGUAUAAGGCUCUUACAAUUUUAAGUCUGACUGUUGACUGCUGGGUAAUUUCUCAUCAAAACCAUUCCCAGUUUGGGAUGUCGGAAAAGACAAUUGUUUUAGUAAUCAUCCAUGAACAAAAUCAAGUUGAUUUCAGGCCAAGUUCAACUGCUAGCUGUCAUAUUUUGAAGCUGAUAAUGCCAUUUUGAUUUUUACCUUCUCAAGUUAAAGUGAUCUUAUCCUCGCCCUCUGGUUGUGACUUUGUCCCAAUAAAGCCAGUUUGGUAUAUACAUGGAAAUACAAAUGUAAAUGCCACUAAGCUAUGGAUGUUCAGUUAUACUGUAACUUAUACUGAAAACUUAAUAGCUCAUUAACCAUAACAAGAAGUAAGUGACAUCUUUUUACAGCCAACAAAGUAGUCGUGGAAUAUUUGCAAGGAGGGAUUAGAAUACUUUAUUCCUCCACGAGUCUGUGUUAAGGUUGUCUUGGUUUAGAACAACCAGGCUCUGGAUUUUCCUAUGUACAUUAGAUUGUAGAAUGGAAUACCUGCUGUUGGUUCCACCCCAGAUAGGUUCCAUUCUCCUGUACAUUUUGCACACAAUAUUGUUGAUCAAUGUAAUUCAUUUGGUACCAAGUUUGGGGUGGGACGAGGCUAAAGUAGGUACAUAUCAUUAUGUGUACAGUGUCAUGUAGUCUUGUCCUUGUUCUGUAGGUCUUCUGCUUAUGUGAAUAAAGAUGGUGGCCACAUUUGUAAUACCAGUUGCAUUUUAGCCAAUAAAAUAUGAAAAGAA